AUGGGGCAAUGUACUCCAAAAUGUAUCAAACCAAGCAUUUCAUCUAAUUCGAUCAAUAAUGCUAAACAAACGACAAUCUCUUCUGAAAGUUUAGUUAUAACACCAACAAGCAACAAUAAUAAUUCUACAAGGUCAUCACGAAUCCGCAUUGUUCAAAAUUUCGUACUUCUCUGGUUAGAUUCGAAUAUCAAUGAGUCCAAUGAAGAUUUUAAACAUUCACUUACUCAACUUCGACGAAUCGUCAAUACAAUCAAUACAUUUAUUGAUUCUGAUCAAUGUAUCAAUUUUCUCACUCAAAUCAAAGAUGAAAAAGUAUUCAUGAUUGUAUCCGGUUCAUUUAGCCAAACAAUAGUACCGCAAAUACAUGAUCUAUCACAACUUGAUUCAAUUUAUGUAUUUUGUGAAAACAAAUCAAAAUAUGAACAAUUGACAAAAGAAUGGACAAAAAUAAAAGGUAUUUUUACUCAGAUCGAGCUAAUUUGUAUUACACUCAAGCAAGAUACUCAACAAUGUGAUCGUGAUUCUGUCGCAAUUAGUGUUACAACUAAAAAUUUGGAUCGUCUUGAACCAUCAUUUAUGUAUACACAAUUGCUUAAAAAAUUGCUUCUCGAAAUGGAAUAUGAUAAUAAGGUAAAGAAAGAACUUUGUGAAUUUUGUCGUAAACAAUACUCUCAUAAUUUCUAUGAAUUACAAAUAAUCGAUGAUUUUGAACAAAAUUAUAACGAUCACACACCUAUCUGGUGGUAUACUCGCGAAUGUUUUACUUAUCAAAUGCUUAAUCGAGCACUUCGUAUACAAGAUGUUGAAGUUAUUAUUAAGAUGGGCUUUUUCUUACGUGAUGUUCAUCAACAUAUUGGACAACUACAUUCGCAAAUGAAAGAUCAAGGUCUCUUCACUGUUUAUCGAGGUAAAAGUAUGCCGAAUGAUGAUUUUAAUGAGAUUAAACAAAAGGAAGGUGGUCUAUUGGCUUUUAAUACAUUUUUAUCCACAAGUCUCAAUGAAACAGUUUCAUUACAAUUUGCUCAGAAAUCAUUACACAAACCAGGAUUAGUGGGUGUUCUCUUUCAAAUUACUGUUGAUCCAUCCAUUCAAUCAAUUCCAUUCGCUUCAAUUGCAUCGGUUAGUGCCAUUCAGAAUGAGGAAGAAAUUUUAUUUUCUAUGCAUACCAUUUUUCGAAUUAGUCAAAUCAAACAAAUUGCAGAUCGCGUAUGGCGAGUAGAACUUACAUUCACAAACGACGAUGACCAAGAGCUAAAACGACUCACUGAACACAUGAGACAAGAGACAUUAGGCACAACAAAGUUGGAUCGAUUGGGUCAAUUGCUAAUCAAAAUGGGAAACUUCGAUAGCGCUGAAGAAGUCUACAAGAUACUAUCCUAUGAGACACCCAAGGACAAUGAGACAGUACGUGCUUCUCGUUUUUACUAUCUUGGAGAGAUUAAAUGUCACAAAGGAAAUUAUACAGAAGCACUCGAGUUCUAUCAAAAAUCACUUGAAAUUCGAGAAAAAUGUCUCCCUUCAAAUCAUCCGGAUUUGGCUGCUACUUACAAUGGUAUCGGUUUAAUACAUGACAACAUGGGUGAAUACGCAAAAGCACUCGAAUUUUAUCAAAAAUCACUUGACAUCCAACAAACAUCUAUUUCUUCAAAUCAACCCAAAUUAGCUGAAACUUAUAACAACAUUGGUGCGGUGUAUUUACACUUAGGAGAUAUUUGGAAAGCACUCGAGUUUUACCAAAACUCACUUGAAAUUAGUCCAACAUAUCUUCCACCAAAUCAUCCAGAUAUGGCUAGUAUCUAUAACAAUAUUGCUCAAGUGUAUCAUCGCAUACAAGAAUAUCCUAAAGCGCUCGAAUUCUAUCAAAAAUCACUUGAAAUUCGACAAAAAUCUCUUCCUGAGAAUCAUCCAGAUUUGGCUAUUCUCUAUACCAACAUCGGAUCUUGA